AUGACAGAGUUAUUUGUCAAAUCACUGUGGCCAGAAGAGUUGGUUGGUUUUAUGGCAAUCGAUGCUGAAGGAAGUGCUGGAGGGUUGCUUUAUGUUAAACUGAAAGCCUUAAAGGAAGCACUGAAAGUAUGGAAUAUUGAAGUGUUUGGGAAUGCUGAAUACAAGCUCAAAGAGGCAAAGGAUGCAAUGCAUGCAUUAGACUUGGCUGCUGAGGAAAGGCCUUUGAAUGAUAUUGAAAUAUCCAGAAGAAGAGAGGUUAAAGGGGAGAUUUGGAAGCUGAGAAAAAUGAAGGAAUGGAUCUGGGUGCAGAAAUCCAGAGUAAACUGGGCUUUAAAAAGAGAUAAAAAUACUAUGUAUUUCCACAUUAUGGCUACAAAGAGGUUGAGUAGAAAUCUGAUGGAUUCAAUCAUAAUCAAGGGUACUUCUUACAAUAAUCCUCAAGAAAUGAAACGAGAAAUUGCAAGGUACUUUGGAGAGGCAUUUGCAGAAGCUUUGAGGGGAUGGAGGAUAAUAAACGAUGAUAUUCUCAAAUUUAUGGCAGAUUUUCAUGAGAAUGGGAAGCUGGUGAAGGGCCUAAAUGCUUCUUUUGUAUCUUUAAUUCCUAAGCAGGAAAACCCAACAAGUAUCCAAGAUUAUAGACCAAUCAGUCUCAUAAAUUCCAUGUACAAGAUUCUAUCAAAAGUCUUAGCUAGUAGAUUAAAACAAGUAUUACCAAGUAUCAUUAACUCAACACAGUCUGCAUUCCUGAGUGGGAGAAGUAUACUGGAUGGGAUAUUAGUAGCAAAUGAAGUGGUAGACUGGUGGAAAGAUCCAAGAAAAGUGGGUUAA